CUUCCAAGUGCCUCACCCUCCCCCGAUACAGAAUUAUAAAUAAAGGUGCAUGAAAAGGUCAAAUCAACAACAGACUUAACAGUUUCAAAAGAGAAUUAUUAAAAUGUCUUUGUCUACCAAGCUCGCUAUCACCGACGUCGACUUGAAGGGCAAGAAUGUCUUGAUGCGUGUCGACUUCAACGUCCCCUUGGACGGUGACCGCAUCACUAACAAUGCCCGUAUUGUUGGUGCUCUCCCCACCAUCAAGUACGCCAUUGAGCAACAACCUAAGGCUGUUAUUUUGAUGUCCCACUUGGGUCGCCCUAACGGCUCUCGUGUCGACAAGUACUCCAUGAAGCCUGUCGCUCAAGAGCUCACCAAGCUCUUGAACCGCGACGUCAAGUUCCUUAACGACUGCGUUGGCCCUGAGGUCGAAAAGACCUGCAAGGAAGCCAAGGAUGGUCAAGUCAUCCUUUUGGAGAACUUGCGUUUCCACAUCGAAGAAGAAGGUUCCGCCAAGGUUGACGGCAACAAGGUCAAGGCUGACUCUGCUUCCGUUGAGUCCUUCCGCAAGUCUUUGACUGCUCUCGGUGACAUCUUCGUCAACGAUGCUUUCGGUACUGCUCACCGUGCUCACUCUUCUAUGGUCGGUGUUGAAAAGACCCGUGUCUCUGGCUUCCUCAUGAAGAAGGAGCUCGACUACUUUGCCAAGGCCUUGGAGAACCCUGCUCGUCCCUUCCUUGCCAUCUUGGGUGGUGCUAAGGUUGCCGACAAGAUCCAAUUGAUUGACAACCUCCUCGACAAGGUUAACCGCCUCAUCAUUUGCGGUGGUAUGUCUUUCACCUUCUUGAAGGUCCUCCACAACAUGAAGAUUGGUGAAUCUCUCUUCGACGAGGCCGGUUCUAAGAACGUUCAAGGUAUGAUCGAAAAGGCCAAGAAGAACAAUGUCGAGAUCUUCCUCCCCGUCGACUUCGUCACUGCCGACAAGUUCGACAAGGAAGCCAACACUGGCUCUGCCAACGGCGAGCAAGGUAUCCCCGACGGCUGGAUGGGUUUGGACUGCGGUGAAGCUUCCUCUAAGAAGUUCGACGAAGUCAUCCAAUCCUCCAAGACCAUUGUCUGGAACGGUCCCGCUGGUGUCUUCGAAUUCGAGAAGUUCGCCAAUGGUACCAAGAAGAUGCUCGAUUCUUGUGUCAAGAGCGCCCAAGCUGGCAAUGCCGUCAUCAUUGGUGGUGGUGACACUGCUACUGCUGCCGUUAAGUACGGUAAGGACAACGAAGUCUCCCACGUCUCUACUGGUGGUGGUGCUUCUCUUGAACUCUUGGAAGGUAAGGCCCUCCCUGGUGUUGUUGCCCUUUCCUCCAAGUAAAUUCUUUGAGAGCAUGACAACUUCUUCAUCGUAUGUUUCCAUGACAAACUAGCAUCUUUAAAUUUGCGAACCAUAACAUAAAAAUUAUUUUUGGACGUCAGGGAUGUAGUUGUUUUGGAAAUGGCCCAAACGGGUUAUGGAAAUUUCAGGUUUCCUGCUUUUGAAAUGAAUCGACUGUGGAUAAUCCCGUUUAGGGUUUGGUGAUGAGUAAUUGCAUUUUUGAAAAUAAUUGUUCCCUUGUUUAUGUUUAAUAAAAGAAAUAGAUAUUUAUGUACACAACAAUCAUCUUGUUUUGUUAUUUCCAAUUAAAGUAGCGGCUGUAGGA